ACGCUGAAAAAGUACUUGAUAUUUUCGGUCGCAUUUUUCGUCAACAAUUUUUUCGUAAUACAAAUAUACGAAAAUUUAAUUGAAAUUUCCUCGAAAAAAAUAAUAAAAACUGUGACAAUUUAUUAAAUACUAUCUCAAGAGUGAAAUAAACAUAAAAAACCACUGUGAAACAAAGUAAAUCAAAGAAAAACUUCGUGUGAAAAAUUGGUAGACAAAAAAAUAUCUGUGUCAAUUUGUCUUUGAUGACUUUUCACACACUCACACAAAUACUGGCAGUGAUGUCAACUAAUAUUUAGUGUUUUUGGUGCAAAAAUUAAAGAAAAUUGCUGUUAGUGCCAAAUUCUAAAAAGGCACCAUAAUAAAAAAAGUGUGUUAUUAAUUUUACAUUUGUAAAAGGAUUUCAUUAAUUUCUAUUACAACAUUUUGAUUUUGUAUGAUUUAAGCAUGAUUUUUUGAAUGUUUAAAGUUUUUUGAGUUAAAUUUGAAUUGUUUUUACCCCUUUCUUUCGAUACGCAUUUGGCUCAUACGCAAAUUGUCAUCACUGAAUACUACACAACCAAUAAAAUAAAUGGAAUUCUAGCUGAAAAGAGGAGUUUAGUUAGAGAGGACACGUAAAGUGUCCAUUAAAACAAACAAAUAAUUUAUAAAUUGUCAAAAAUUAAAACAACGAUAUAAAUAUUUCUUUUCUGUCAACAACUAAUCGCGGAGCAAAAAGAAAAAGUCCUUUUUCUUUGUUAUUUAUUUUUUAAAGUGAUAAUAAAUAAAAGUGGUGUUUUCUUAGAAGUGGUGUUGUAGUGGUAAAUGUAAAUGACACAGCCUGUUUAGUACAAAAAUAAAAGAGAAAUAAGAAAAAGUGAAAUAAAAUAAAGUAUAAAAAAGAAAUAUUAAGCAACCAGAAAUAUAAGUUUUCCCUUUUGGGGUUUUAGGAAACGCCAAAAACAACAACAUCAAAAGGAAAAGUGCAUUUCUGUUUGCUGUUGUUUUUAUUCUUUCCUUUAUUCUCUGCUACAAUUUGAGAGAGCAUAACAUUUUAUUGUUUUUGUUUUGUUAGCAACGAAAAGGAAGAAGAAAGAUAGAACUGAAGAAAGAUAAAGAGCGAGAGUAUUGAACAAAUUAAAAUUUUAAUUUAUUAUGGAUAAAUGAAUGCAUAAACACUAAUAAAAUGUAAAUCCAUGGCACAUGAAUAUGACUAAAACGACGACCAUUUCGGCGUCAGAUCAACCAAUACAGCAACAUCAUCAGUUAAUCAAUAAAAAAAAUAUUUUAUAUAUAUUUAAUUAUUUCAUUAAGGACAGACCUUAAUCAAACAUUAUGUCUGAGGACAAAGUCUACAGGGAUGGUGAUAUAGUAUGGGUUAAAUUGGGAAAUAAUUGGUGGCCGGGCGAGGUGACUGGAUCAAAUCGUCAUCCGGAGGGACUGAUCAAACAUUUGAAGCGUGUACCCUAUUGUGUGGUCAAGUUUUUCAAUGAAAGUACAUAUGAAUAUGUUCGCAGCAGCAAGCAAAUAUUCCCUUUUCAAUGUGCAAAAAAGGAGGAAUUUAUACGAAAGGGUUACUCACUUUAUAAUAGUGGCAACUCUUUUAUGGAAAAGUUUCCUAAUGAUGUGGAGAUGGCUAAGCGUUUAACACAUCCUAAGGAAUCUUCCUUAAUAAUAAAUGAUCGACCAGAUAGUAUUGUGAAAGCAAUAUUGGGUCAACCAUUAAUACGCACCUGUGAUGAUUACUAUGAUGGAACAGAAUAUCGAGAAAAACGGCGUAGUGGUGAUUCUAUAACAAAAAUAUUGAAUAUAACACAAAAUCGUAAUGACGAGUCGUUAAAUAAUGACAAACAUGGAUCACAAACGUCAACUACGUCGAAACUACCUAACAAUAAAACCAAAAAUGUCGCAAACACUACUGGUUCUACCAACAUGAGUAAUUACCAGUGUAAUAUGUGCGACUUUACCAGUGUGCGGCAAAAUGUCAUGAUAUUGCAUCGUAAAAUGCAUAGCAACAGAAAUUCUUUGGGUUCCAUCAAUACAUCAUCAUCAUCAUCCACAACAACUAAUGCGAAAUCAACACCGGCAACAGUAGGAACUGCAGUUGCCACAACAACGAAUACAAAUCAAUCAAAGCAAAAUGAAAUUGUCAAUAAGAACAAGACUAUUAGUAAAACCAAAGUAAAUACAAACACAACGACGGUAACAGGCACAACACGAACAACUAGAACGUCUAUACCAGUUAAAGAAACAAACACAAGAGCAACACCUGCACCCGAAACCAAUGCUGCAGCAAUAGAUGCAGUAGAAACUGCAAUAACACCGUUAACACCUAAAGAUAAAAAUAAUAGAAUUUCAAAGACUCAAACACCAACCAGCCAGGGAAAAACUAACAAAUCGAAAACUGGUAAAAAGACAGUAGUCAAAGAAAAAAAGGAAGCAAGUGCUUAUGCUACUAUACUCUCAGAUUUCUGUACCAGUGACUCAGAAACCUCUCCCUCGGCAGAGGAAAAACAAUCAAGGCGCUCGCUACGUCAUUGUAAAAAUUUAAACGAAAAUACAACAGGAAAAGUAUCUACGAUGGUAUGUAUUGAUUUAUCGGAGACAAAGAUCAUACAAAAAAUACCCAAAAAGAGAGAGUAUUCCUCUUUGCAACUGCAAGAGGAGAGUUUGCCAGAAAAGACGACACCUGUUGUGGUAGCUGAUCCCGAUGUUGUAUGCUUAGCUGAUAAGGAAACUGAAACAGCAACUACUACUCCGUCAACAGCACAUUCUGCAAACAGCAAAAGGGAUGCGGAAGAUAUACGUAGAAUGUUGUUGGCCGAUUGGAGUGAUGAUGAUGAAACACCAAACGAUGCCAUUGUUGUGGAAGACAGCGUUAUAUUGGAAAAUGCAGAGAGUAAUGAAUGCAUUUCGGAAACAGUAAAUGAGCAAGAUAACGCUACUGCCGUAGUCUUAACAUCGACACCAGUAGUCACAUCAACACCAGCUUCUACCGGGCGUAUACGCAAUAUACCAAAAAAAGAUCGUCGGGAUGUGGUGCUGCAAGAUUUUAAUAGUGACUUGUCGGUUAUACAAGCCGAUAAAGUUGAGCAUUCUAACAAAUGUAUGGCGGUAGAUUUGGACAGUUCAAACUCUUCAGUUGUAGAAAUCAUCGAAGAUGAACAAUCAGCUACAAUUAUCACCAUUAACGAUGACGAAGAGCAACAAGACAUUUCCAAAUCUCAGAAAAAUCCCACAGAUAUCAUUGUGACGGAAUCCAAAGAUAAUGAUUCCGCUGUUGGCUUGGUAAAUGAUAAAUCAGCCUCUGCUGCCACAUCCACUACCACUCUAUCGUGUUUUGAUUUUCAAGAGGAUGAAGAUGAACAAGAAACAACCAACACUACAAUUUCACAUUUCAAAAAGAAAUAUUUAUCCGUGGAGAAACUACAAAGUAUAUCGUCUAAUACAGAUGAAUUACGUGAAGAUAUUGUGGCCAAGAGUCGUGCAGAAUUGGCCGAAAAAGAUCAGCGUUUAACAGCGGAAAUCGAAUCACUGUUAGAGCAAACACAGCCACCAGUAGCGGAUUUGUUAAAUACCAGUAGUUUUGAAGAAAGUAUAUCAGUCAAAGAUUUGCCCAUAAAAGAGAGAGGAAAGCGAAUAUUUAAAUCUCGCAAUAAAACUCGUACAGAGGAAAAAACAAAUGGGGACGUUAUGUCAACAACUACAGUUGAUGCUGGAGCAACCACAGAGCAAAACAAAUCUAUGGAAACCCCAACAACUGUAGAAGAAAUUGUUAACAAUGACCAAGAUAAGAAUGAAUCUAACAUGCAGCAAACAUCUUUGACAACCGCUGCAGCAACCACAGAACAAUACAAUUCCGAUGAAACCCCAACUAUUUUAGAAGAAAUUGUUAACAAUGACAAUGAUAAGAAUGAAGGAAACUUGCAGCAAGAAUCUGAAAUCACAACUGAUAAAGAACUCAUUUUAAUACCCGAUCAGGAUAAUUUGUCUAACAAUAACUGUUUAGUGGAAAAUUCUAUCCAGGAAGCUCAAACGCUGAAUAGCUCAAACGCUGAAUUACCAAAGUAUUUGGAGGAGAAGCAAUUAACGCCAAAUGAAAAUAAAGAGAAUCAAGAUUUAACGGGGGGAAAUAAAGACUCUUCAGAGGUGUCUAAUGGCGACUAUAACACAUCUGAAAUCCAAAAAGAACAAAUGGACAAAGAAAAAGCUUCAGACAAUACGGAUGCAAAUACUAAUAAUGAAGAGGAAUCCACACAGAAUAUGCCAAUAGAACAAGAGGACAAUGUAGACAACGAUGAUAGCUACACUAGCCAACCAUUAAACGACCAAGAGGUUACAGCAGAGCAACAAGAGGUGAAACAAGUUGCUGAACAGGAAGUAAAGCAAGAUGAUCUUGUAGAAGACGGCAAUGAAAACUGUGCAGAUGUUGAGAAAUUCAAGGAAAUUGAGUUUGAUACUGACGAUAAUAAAAAGCCGCCCAAAACUCCAGAGUCUGCUGUGGCUGAAACGGCCGAUAAGGAAAUAAAUGAUAUACCAGUAAAUAAUGUUAUUAUUUCAGAAAACCAAACCUCUAAGCUGUCGAAGACAGAAUUAGAAGCUGAUUUAAAAGAGGAGUCCUUUAGAGAAACUGAAAUUCCACAAUCAACUGAAGAAAACAUAAAUGAUGAAAUAGAUAAUGAUAAGCAAUUGAAAAUAACUAUGACUGAAACUAAAGAUGAUAUUGAUAAAAAUUUUAAUCAGCAACAAAGUUCGGAAAAUGUUUUUAAAAUACGUGUAAAAUCACCAGAUCAGCUGUUCGAUCAUGCUUUUGCAAUUGACUCAAACCAUGAACAAGAAUUACAGCCCAACAUUGAUGGUAAUGGAGACACACGUUUAAUUACCACAACACCCACCGAUGAAAAUAGUAGUAUGGGUGCCUCCGAUACUGGGGCAGAAUUUGGUUCUCCAACAUCAAUGCUGAGUGAUGAACGUUUACCUACAUUUAGAUUCCAGGGCAAUCAGACGCCUCAACAGGAAAUAACUGAUACACCUGAAACAGAAUCACAGGAAGAAAAUUCGCAAGAAACCGUUCACGAAGAAACAGUUGCAAUUGUCGGGAAAACUGAACCUAAUGGAGAAAUAAAAGAAAAUAUGUUCAAAGGUAUACCAGAAAUUUUCGUAAAGUCCAACCAAAAGCUGUUGCACCAACGGCGUUUUAGUAUGGACUCAGAUGUCUUACAGACAGAACCAAAAUCGUUUAAACGCCAACGUUUAAGUGUAGACGACACUACAACUAACCUCCAAAAUAAUUUGGGAAAGUCCCAAGAAGUUUUAAUGCCAUUCACAUCGCCGCUUGACAAAAGCGGAGGCAGAAUUCGCCCUAAAAGCCGUCAUGUCAAAAUUACUCCGCGUCGUAAUGUCAGUGAGCUGUUUAAAACACGUUUAUCAAUAGACAAUCAGGCUUCAAAAGUUAUUGAAAAAAGUAUCUCAUUGGAGAGCGUUAAGGAAACUCAGCAGGUUGAAGAAGUUGUAGGCACAGAUUUGGAAAAUGAUUUAGAAAAUCAUAAGGAAGACACAAUUGUUGCCGAAAAUAAUGAAAACUCCAAGGGAGAUUCAAAUUCCUCAUUCGAGAAGUCUUCAGAGGCAAAACAACAUCAAGUAGAAGAUAAUUGUAUGGCAAGUUUGGAUAAUCCUGAACAGAGUGAAGAAAGUAGUGAACACAACGAUUUAGAAGAGACAACUGAUAAAGAAGAUUUUAACAAAAUUCCUGAAGCAGAAGAAGAUAAACAAGAAUGUAGCCGAGAUGAGGAACUAAAAUCAAAAACAACACCUGAAGAAAUAACAGCAGAUGGUGAGAACAUGGAAGAAUCUAAUGUUAAGGAGACACAUAACAUGGCUGCAAUGGAAGUUGAAACCGAAACAACAGCCGACAAGGAUAAUACUAGUGCAAUAACUAACAGUCCCACCUAUGUUACCACAACUGAAAUUAGCAUGCCCGAAGUAGCUGCAACAAAUCCCGAUGAAAACGAACUAGAAUCAAGCAUUUUUGCUGAUGAAGAACUAGAUACAGCUGCUACAGAGAACACACCUUCCCCUACCACUAAUAACAUAGAAUCCAAUCUUGAGAACAAUGAAAUGAUGGAAGCAGAUCAGACUCCAAACGUUGAUGCUGUAGAAACUGCGGAAACUCCUACAAUAAUUGUGAAUAGUAUAGAAAAUGUAGAUAACUAUGUAUCUACUUCAAGUAUAAAACAUUCGUUGGAUACGAGUAAAACGCACAAUGAACAAGGGUUAGAGAAUCCCUUCUCUCCUGGAGUACCACCACCCACACCCCAGGAGAGUGAAGUAGUAAUAGAAAGUGAAAAUCUAAGUCAGCUUUUAAAUACCCAACAACAAACGAAAACAAUUGUUGAGUCAGAAACUGAGAUAACGAUUCGUCCCCUAACACCUAAAGGAAAUAGAAACACGGACGAACUAAUUAUGCCUGUAUUAAUACCCCAAGAAAAAGAACCAGUCUUGGACGAGGUAAUUGUUCGACCUGAAACUCCCAAAGAAGAUGAGCCUUUAAACGAUAUGAUUUCAUGCCCCUUAACACCCCAAGAAACGGAACACAUAAACGAGGCUCCCUCCCGUCCCAUAACACCCAAAUCAGAGGUAUCCACAAAUAAAUGUGAAACAUUGACGAAACCUGCAACACCACAACCACAAGUCCAAGAUAUGACAGUUGAGUUAGAAAAUAACAUAUCAAUGCCAUGUACACCGCAGGACAAUUUUAUAGAUGAGGUUUAUGAAAAUCCUAUGCAAACACCUGCAACACCUCAGGCAAAAGAUUUGAUUAUCGAGUGUGAACCCUCAACACCGCAGGGCAUUAUUGAAUGUGAUCACAAUAUACCGGCUCAGGUAACUCCCGAAAAAGAGGUUAUCAUUGAGAGUGAUGUUGUUUUGGCAACUCCCCCAUCUGUAUCCCAAGAAAAGGAUAUAAUUAUUGAAGAAACUCUGCAGAUGGAGGAAAAAGACACACUUUUAGAAAAAGAAUUUCAGGUUAUACAACCUAAAGAAAUGCCUAAUCAACCUAACGCAGCACAAACAAAUACUUUACAAACUGAUGCCGACAAAGCAGCCGAAGAGUUUCUUAUUGAAUUCGAUAGUAUUGUCAAUCACAGCCACUCGGUGGAAGAGGAUGUACCCAAUAGUUCUGUAGAAGAUGGUAUAAAUGCCGAAGAUCUUAUUAACAAUAUCAUUGAAGAAGUUCACGAAGAUCAACAAAUCAAACAGGAUGUACCAACUGUAACCGAAUCUCCUUUACAAUUUGAACCUUUGGCAACGUAUACGGUGGUGGCAGCUAAAAACUCCUGGAAUCAAAUAUUUAAAGAGUCCUUUCAUAGACAAUUGCCUCCCGCCAAAAGACGUCAAACGAUUUGUUUUGAAAUCUCUGAUACAAAAGAGGGAGUAGCGUGUAAAAAGCAAGCCCUCGAUUUUGAAUCUAUUUUACCAGUGAGCAAAACUGUUAAACGUACGGCUGAGCGGAAACUAACAUUGCCGGCCAUUGAGACUAAGCUCUCGAACAGCCAUCGAAAUCAAAAUAUUUUAGCUUUGAAUCAUAAUCCAUUAACACUUAAUAGAAAACUAAUACCAACUACCAAACGUAAAUUAUCGAUUGAAGAUAACAUUACGUCCUUUAUAAUUGAACGUCCAAAACAACAGCAACCGCCAGCGAGUACAGCAGGUGGACCACCGCCCCUACAAAGGAUAAGACCUUUAAGUAGACAAGAUCAUUCUAGGGCCAGCAUAGAUAGCUUCUCCGAGCCACCGCCUCUACAAAGCCACGAUAACUUAUACCACGAAUUAUUCCAAGCGGAAUCUACAUCACCUACACCAUCUAUAGAGUUACCUCAGAAAACCGAUGGAGCACGAGUUAUACAUCAACAAAUUCUAAACCCUCCUGCCAUUUCCUCUAUUCCGCACACCCGAACUUCAGAUUCAAAGAUCUCUAAAAACAAACAAAUUGGUGUAGACUCACGGGGAAAUAAAUAUGUCAUAAUAAAAACACCUCCAACCAAUAUUAUCGUCCAGCCAUCACUAACAUCAUCAACGUCUGCCGCAGUAACAGCUACGAAUAAUUUUGGUACAACCAUAACCAUACAACCAAUUCCGCUUUCGACCAGCGAGGUAACCAUAACAAAGGCAACAACAAAAACUAAAAAUGUUUCUGCAUCGGCACCGUCAUCAUCACGUAAACAACAGCAGCAGCAUAUGAAACAAAUUUCGAUAACUGUGCCAGCAAAAUCUCCGCUUCAGAUUUCGAAACCACUGGAAGUGGCAGCAAAGACUCCACCACGUAAUAGACGUAAAGCAGCACAUGCUAAAGCUGUUGCCGCAGCAGCAACAGCUAAUAGCAACAUCAAUAGUGCUAAACAUAGACAGGCCAUGGAAGCAUUAAGUAGACGUUUGAGUAUUGCAACGGAAGCGCCACCUUUAGCAAAACUAUCGAGAACACCAACAACACAUGUACAAACACAAAUAUCUAAUAAUAGUAAUCUAACAUUUUUCGCCGAUACUCAACUAUCUAAUAUAGCUCAACAACAGCUAAUGCAGUUACAACAGCAACAACAACAACAGCAGCAACAGGCAGCAACACAGACAUCAUCACUACCGCCUCCAAUUAUAUUAAACAAGAAUGCCCAUCAACACUCGGUUAUACCACGUAAACCCAGAAAAACACUUCUGCAGCAACAACAAUUGCAACAGCAACAACAACAAGCUGCUGACGCUGCAGCAAAAUCCUCACAAUUAUUACAACAGUUACAACAACAGCAACAAAAUCAAUUACAGCAGCAACAACAGCAUCAACAAAUUCAACAACAUUUUAUUACCCAAAUAGCAGCGCAACCACAACAAACACAACAGCAGCAUAAUUUAUUACAACCACCACCCCUACAACAAAUCCAGCAACAAACGGUACCAGUGCAACAACAUCAACAACAAAUAAUACAACAAAGUGAUGGAAUUAUAAUUACAACAACCGCCACAGAAGAUGACAAUGUCAUCGAUUCGAAUACCCAGCUGAUAGCAUUACCAACACAACCCUAUCCCGGUUAUGCGGAAACAUUUUUGCUGUGCAAAGUUAAGGGUAACACAUGUAAGCCAGUCGAUAAUGUACCGCUGUAUUUAAAUCAUCAGUUAAAUGAACUUGUGCCGGUACCCCUAGAAGCCUUAGAAGGUGGACACAAACCGCAAGAGCAUCAAAUCGAAAUUAAAGCAACUAAUGUUCCACAACAGAUGUUGGUGGGCCAAAGCAACUCACUCCAGAACAAUGAGGGUAAUCUACAAAUAACAAAUUUAAAUUGCAAUUUGAUCGAAGGUGAAAUGUCAUCAGGUAUUGAGGCGGAACAUCAGUAUAAUCAGCACAACCAGCAACAGCAGUUAAUGGAAGAAUGUGCGGUGGAUGAAAAUGCUAGCAAUAAUCAAAUUAGAGAUUUUGGUGAUACCCAAGAUGUGAAUUCAGAAUUGAUUCCAAAUAAUGGUAUUCUGCUGAAUAUAGAGGGCCAACAGGUACUGCUAGAUGCCGCUACAUUUGCCCAUUUACUGGCAAAUCCAGAUGCUAAUACUCAAUUGAUAUCCGAUGAUGGUACUGAGUACGUCCUGACCCAUGAGGUGCUGGCAGCUCUUCAAAUGCAACAAGAACAACAACAGGCCUUGGAACUGUCCAAUGCCAGUGCAGCUGCUCAACAACAGCAACAACAUCAGAACAUGGAGCAAGCGGGGGCAAAUGAUAUACUUGCUGCUGCUCUAGCUGGUUCCGAAUUAUAUGACAGCGAAGUACUCUCUAUAGAUACAUCACAGGCCAUGCAAAUAAUUGAUGGCGAUGGCAGCAUAGUAUUUCCAGCUCAAAGUGGUGCUAUAAACCAACAACACUUAACCCCACCAGCCGUUGUCACAAACGCUGUUCUAGACCAAUCGCCCAUUAUGUCAGCACUUGAAGUACCCUCCUCCAUAGCGACGCAACACAAGCUGCAUGGCACUCAACUGAUUACCGUACCCUCUUCUCAUCACUUGGCCACAUCAACCAAUGCUGCCUUGGGCGUGGGCCGUUCAAAUUUAGAAGAUAGUCUAGCAGCCAUUGGUGUUACCACUUCAUCAUGCAUGUCUUCUUCACUUGGUUUACCCAUUACCGUAACGAAUCCAAAUAUAGCAUCAAAAGUAACAUCGGCUGGUCCACUUAAUGAAAUGUUACAAUUUGUUUCACAUCGUCCGGCUACAGCGGCCGCUACAGCAGCUGCCGUUGCCGCCGCAGCAUUAGCGGGCGAAUCGCGUAUUUUCACCGAUUAGGUUUUACUCAAUGAGGAUGAGGUGGAUUUAUACGAUUCAAUUGUUGACACACACUAUGAAACUUUCUAAGGUAAAAUACAAUGUGUCAGCUUUUCAUUUCAUAUGUAUAUUUAUUAUUUUGUUGUUUAACAACUAAUUUUAACAAGAAAAGAAACAGAAAAUUAUGAAUAUUAAUUUGUUUAGCCUUAAAAUGGAUAACAUCCAUCGCUUAUUUGCGACAAGAUGGUCAUAAUAUGAAAAAAGUAAAUAAUUUCGAGUAAAAAUGUCUUUGAAUAUUUGAAGCUGAAUAACUUGAUGCAAAUAUAUUAUUUGGAAAAAUAAAACCUGAUCCCGAAUUACCUUACCACAUUCAUGAUCAAAUGAACUUUAUUAAGGAAAAAUAAUGUCAGUAGCGAUAUUAUAACAAUAAUAAUCAAAAACAUAUAAACUUUUCAAUUGAUUUAAAUACAAAUAUUGACCUUUAUGACAACAAAUCUCUCUCCAAAAAUAACAGAUAUUUAAUUAAGAAAUACAACUAUCUGAAAUAUUUAAGCAAUGAGCAUGUUUUCUAGUACUCAGUUCAAAAAAUUCAAAUUUUGACUUGUUACCAUCUUGUCGUAAAUGAGAGACAUGAAGCCAGAGGUUCGAAUUAAUUAAUUCAAUUUGAAAUCUACUCACUAAAAUCAUAAUUCGGAAUUCAAAAAUAUCUUUCAUUCCAUUAAUCCAUUCCCAACAUCUAAAUAGAAUUAAUUCAUAAUGGAAUUAAUUCAUAACAGAAUUCAUUCAAUCUUUGAAUUAUUAAAUUUUUAUUAAUUCAUAUCUAAUACAAACUGAAUUAAGCCUACUUUUAAUAGAUUUGAAUAAAAUUUUAAUCAUUUAGCUAUUUUGUAAUGGAUUUUAAUUAAAGAAACCUUUAAUAAUUCAAUACGGAAUUAAUUAUAUAAAGAAUGAAUUCAAUAUGGAAUUAAUACGUGCUGAAUGGUUCAAUGGAAUUUUUGAGAGUAUAUAUUUAAUUUGUUUUUGAAAAUUUAAUUAAGAAUUAAUUAUUUCGAACCUUUGCAUGCAGCGUGUAAAAUAAUUAUUCUUAUGAGGAUUCAAUCUUUGGCAAAUCAUGAGGUUUAUUGAAAAUGUUUGCAUACUUUGCUUCAUGUUUAAUAUUCCUGCAAACAAAUUUUAAAUGUUACUUUUAAUUUACGGUGGUAAAACCUGAAGAGGAAAUCAAGGUAUGAAAUCAAUAAUAUACACUAUAAGUUAGUGUUCCAGACAUCUUAGCGAAUUCGAAAUAUUUGCAAAAAAAAAUGUUGCUAUUUAAUUUGCACUAUCUACUAAAUGAAUUUUAAAUUUCUUUCUAUGCAUGACAAAGUGUUUUCAUUAGUUGUGCAGAUUAGUAGUACAAGGUGUCAAUACCAAACUCCCUUACAGAGUUCUGUAAGUAUGUACUUCGAGUUUACCAACCGAUUGUAAUACAUUGUAAGUUUUUUAAAAUAAAUCGAGAUUUCACUAAACUAUACUGAACCCCCGUUUAAAGAUUUAAACAAAAUGAAUAUAAAAGAAAAUUAAUUGUAAGUUGUAAAUUAUAUUUUUCAUAUAAUGUUAUCAUAUAGCAUUGUCUCCCUUUUUCACUAAUUUCAUUAUGUCUAAAACCCCUAAACAUACAUAUUUUAAAUUACACAAUUUUAUUACCAUAAGACUUUAGUUUAUAGAACAAUUAAAUGUAAAACAAAUCGUGAAAUUUUAAUUACAUUUAAAAUGUAUAAUUCUUUCAAAAAAUACCAUACAACUUUAUUUUUUUUGUAUUAAAAAUUAAAAAAACAAAACUAUAAAAUAUUUGUAAAUUAUAAAUAAUCAAAAAUGAAAAGAAAAGAAAAAUUGUGUAGUAAAGCCUUAAUAAAAAAAAUCUACUAAAUUAAACAAAGAAAACAAAAUAAAUUAAACAUAAAUAUAUAUUAUACUCCCCCAAAUUAAUUAAGAAAAUAUAAUAUUUAAUGUCAAAACUAUAUUAUGUAAUUGAAUAAAAAAAAGAAACAAAAAAAAAAGUAAUAUGAGUGUAACAUCGAUUAUAUAUUAUUUUAAAAGCGGUUAUUUUAUUUAAUUGACAACUCUUUUGUAAAAAAAAAAAUAUAAAUAAACAUGCAUGGUUUCCUUUGGCCUAGCGUUUAGUUAAAAAUACAUAUAAAAUAUAUAUUUUUUUACAUUUAAACAUUUUAUUAAUAAACUUUUAUUUUUCGAAUCAAAUUAGCAAUAAAACUGUAAAAAAUUCAUACAUAUACCUUUACAUACAUACAUUUUCCUAUGCAAUUUUGAUAUUUUCUGUCUUUUUUAGUUUCUGAUAAAGUUAACGAUAAAUAAACAUAAAUAAAUAAUUAUAACAUAUAA